AUGGUAAUUCACAUGAUUUUAAGAUGUAUUUUUAAAAGCUACAGGUCAAAUAAUUAUAAAAUUGUAAAGUCAGGUUUAAAUGAUAUUAAUUUAGACUAUUCUUUCCAAUACAAUAACAAAGGAUUUGAUGUGCCUUCAGAAUUAAAUAUAAAAACACUUUUUCAACAAAUUUUUUAUGCAUUUGAUAAUGAUUUAAUAACUGAAAAUGAUAUAACUUAUAUUUCAAAAGGGUUUGCGUACUAUUUUUCAAAAUUUAGGAUUAAAUUAUUUAAAUUAUUAAUAAGAACAUUGAAAUAUUCUACUGUAACAAGAGCUUAUAAUUUAGGAAAUAGUCCCGACAUUUAUGAUCAUUUUAAAGUAUUCCAAUAUAAAACUCCAAAUGCUUCGUAUUCAAAUUUAAAUAAUACUAGUUUAAAAAAUUAUUUUUUCGAUUUUGAAAACAGUAAUGAUACUAUUUUUUUAUUAGACAAUAAAAAUUUUAUAACAAGAACUGUUUUAAAAAACGAAUUAAAAUCAUUAAUGGAAGAAGUAGAAGUUCAAUAUGAUAUAGAUCAUAUUUCUUUUAAAUUAACAGAAUCUCAAAUUAAAUCAUGUCCAAAUCUCAAAAAUUAUUAUUUAAAAAAAGAAGAUUCAAACUAUAAUUUUUUACUAAUCAACUUAACGAAACCAUUGGAAUGUUCAUUUUGUUUGAAAACAAAUUUUCAUGUUCGUUGCAAUAAUUUUGAUAAAUGUAAAGAGUAUGUUUGUUAUUCCUGUGUAUUUAAUUUUAGUUUUUUGGCCUAUUUAAGAGUAUGUCGAAAUUGUUUAUUCAGUUCAAUCACCAACAAGAAUUGUAUUUUAUGUCCAAUACUUCGCGUUUCCGAUUUUGAUGUUUGCAAAAUUGCAUCAGAAUUCGAUUCAUCUUCUUCACUACAAAAUGAAAUUGAAGGAAAGAAAUGA